AUGGUGGGAAAGGAUGUUGUGAAGGAUAAAAGAGUAAAGAUUUGGGAUUACUAUGUUCCUUUGGGUGAUCAUUAUAGUACUCGUAUCAGUGUGCAUACAAACUGCAGUAUAGUGAAACAUUUGAAAGAUACUUUGGAUGAUCAACAGAUUGAGAUGUUUAGAAGAACAUGUUUUGGUUAUUUUGUGAACUUGCCCGAAUUUUUGAUACAGAACCAACUUAUCCAUUCACUAUUGCUUAGGGAAGUGGUGUCACCUAAAGAUGAUGAGUUAUGGAUUAAAGUGAAUAGCAUCAAGUUGCGCUUUGGACUUGCAGAGUUUUGUAUUAUCACAGGUUUAAAGUAUAAUGGUGAUCCCAAUAAGGAUUAUGAAUUUGUCAAGUCGAGUCGGUUGAUGGAAUUGUACUUUCCAAGAAUGUCGAAAGUGUCUAAGAAAUUGUUAAGUGACUGUUUCUUAAAAAAUAUGUGGAAAUCUGAUGAGGAUACAUUAAAGAUUGUAGUAUUAUAUUUCAUUCACAGUUUUCUAUUUUCUAUUACGAAUGAUGAUUUGAUAACAAAGAAUAAUUUUCUGUUGGUUGAUUCUAGUGAUUUUGAGACUUUCCCUUGGAAAAAAGUGGUUUUUAAUGCUACGUUGGAGUCAAUGAAGGAUAAGGUUCGUAGCAGGAGAGAGAUGUACCGAUAUGGUGGUUUGCCUUUGGCAUUCCAGUGUUGGUUUUAUGAAUGCUGCCUCUAUACUCACAAAAAUCUCGCUUACCGGAUUGGAGAUCUUGUGCCACGCAUACUAAACUGGACUGUAAAGAAGAAGGUGACCUUCAAGAGGUUGAGGAAAGAAUUUUUUCUUUUAAGUCAAGAGCAGUUGGUGUUUGAUAAUAUUGCCCCAACAAAUGCCGAACAAACAAGGCUUGAAUUGUAUGAUUUUGUCCCUGUGUAUGAAGAUCAAAAUGCUGAAGUUAAUCCAAGAGAUGAUGUUGAUGAUUUCAAUACUCAACCUAAAAAAAAUGCUAAGAAGCACCCCAAAAAUAAGCUGGAAUCACAACCUAUUAACAAUGAGAAUAUGGAUCCACAACCUAGUAACUUGAGUUCAAGCGAGAAUGAGCUGAAACUUCUGAGAAGUGAAAUCAACACGGUAAACGACAAGAUUUUAUCUUUGGAGCAGUUAAUGAUUACCUCAUUUGAAAAAGGUAAUAGAAAAGAGGACGACCAUCAUGAUAGUCAUGGCCAUUAUGAUACUGGUGAUAUUCAUAAAGAUUAUUCAGGCGAUAAGGAAGUUGCAAAGAAUAAUUUUGGUAGUGAGGAAGUUAUGGAGAGAAAUAAUGGCAGUGAGGAAGUUGUAAAGAAAAAUAUUGACACUGAGGUAAGUCUAAAGCAAACUGUUGUUGUUAUGGAGGGUGUGGUGAAGGAUUCUAUAGAAGCUGGUAAAAGUAGUGACGGAGUUGAUGAUGACGAAGUCUUGAUUGAGGAUGCCGAGCCUAAAAUCACUGCAAUUACCCAUAAGUUUUGUGACAAGUUGUUGGUGGAGGAUUCUGUACAAGUUGUUAGUAAAAACAGUUGUGAGAAAGUUGGUGAGGACAAUGGUUGGACUAGUGAUGCUGAGGCUCAAAUAACUGCAAUCACCCAAAAGUAUUUCAAUAAAAAUAUUGUACAUGGUGAUUGUUUAGGAGUGGAUACAAAUAUUGCUACUAUGCAGGAAGAUCGUAUAGUUGUUGUUGAUCAUGACACACAUGAAAUGAUCCCUAGAGAAAGGAAACCAGCAGGGGUCAUGAAGUCACCAUUCAUGACAAAUUUGACUCUGGUGGCACCAUCUAAGUUGCUCAAGAUAAGCCGACUAAGUCAAAGAAGCCCAUCUUGA